AGAUUUUAUUCUUCUGUGAUCAUCGUCGAGUGAACUUCGUCACGCAACCAACUCAUCUGAAAAUGUCUGGACGCGGCAAGGGCGGAAAGGAAAAGGCGAAACCGAAGACGAGUUCUUCUCGCGCUGGGCUGCAGUUCCCAGUCGGUCGGAUCCGGCGGUUCCUUCGGAAGGGCAACUACGCCGAACGCAUCGGAGCGGGGGCCCCGGUGUACCUGGCGGCCGUGCUGGAGUAUCUGGCUGCGGAAAUUCUGGAACUCGGAGGAAAUGCAGCUCGUGACAACAAGCGGUCCCGAAUCAUUCCACGCCAUCUGCAGCUGGCAAUUCGGAAUGACGAGGAACUGAACCAGCUGCUCACCGGGGUGACCAUUUCCCAAGGCGGUGUGGUCCCGUUCAUCCAUACCGUUCUGCUGCCGAAGAAAACCCAAGAGAAGAAGCUGGAGGAACCGGCGACGAAUAAUUAAUUCCUGGAGACGGCGUGACGCGCCGGCCUAACAAUCUGAAUCAAAACCGUCCUUUUCAGGACGAACAAAUCUUUCACGAAAGAGUUUUCUUUUCAUUCUAAGGUUGUACUGUCAUUCAGAAAGCUCAUAGAGUUAUCUACGUGCGCAUGUAUUGCGUAUACGUACACGAAAAAGAUUGAGGUUAAAUUUUAUACCUGCCAGCAAAUCAAAUGGUGUGCAAGUGCGCGUGAGAGCGGGCUUAGAUAACUCUAUUUAGAUCUUGAAAAACUAUUCAGGAGCAACAUUUGAAAGAGGCGGUACGACAUUGCUCUUACGGCCUUUCGUCCCAUUUAACGCGUGUACCGUAAGAACAAGAACAAGAUUUUUAAGAAAAUGAUUC